AUAAAAAUUUUAUAAUGGCUACCGAUAUCAAAUGGCAUUCAGUGAUACUUAUUAACGUCAAAAAGUCUUGAAAAAAAAUUUAGAAAUAAAUAUUUUUCUUUUUAUUUGAAAUAAAUUGUAUAGUUAAUUAUUAAAUAUGGGGAAGGGAUUUAAUAAUUAUAUGUGCAAGAAAUUUUUUCAUCCAGCUUCGAGAGACAAUCUAAAACGAGUAUGGAUGGCAGAACAACAAGCUGAAGCUUACAAAAAGAAGCAAGAAGAAUUACGCGUUCAAUAUGAGAAAGAGCAAGAUCUUCAUAAUAACAAAGCACUUUUAAGUAAAGAGAGCAAAGAUAAAUUAAGUGUUAAUUUUAUGUAUGAGCCUCCUCCAGGAGCAAAGAAAGAAAGAGAAAAAGAAGAUAAUGAACCAGAAUAUAAAUUUGAAUGGCAACGCAAGUAUAAUGCUCCAAGAGAAAGUUAUUGUAAAGGAGAUAGCGAAAUAAGAGAUCAACCUUUUGGCAUUCAAGUUCGAAAUGUUAGAUGUAUUAAAUGUCACAAGUGGGGCCACAUAAAUACAGAUAAAGAAUGUCCUUUAUAUAGUCAAGCAAUGAGCGUAGUAAUGGCAAAUAAUUCAAACUUACCGCAAACACCGGACGCUUUAACUUUAGUGCAACAAAUGCGAGAAGAUGGAUUAGCUCUUAAGAAAUCUGCAUUGGAUGCCCAACAACAUUUACGUGUACCUGGACACGAGCAUUUAAUGGUUUCUGAUGACGAAGAAAAUUCUGAGAUUACAUUUCUAAAGACUCUUUCAAAACAAGAAAAGAAAAAAUUGCUAAAAAAACUUCAAAAGCUUGAGAAGAAAAAUAUGAAAAUAAAGCACAAAAAAUUGAAGAAGAGAAAAGUUCGAAAUAGUAAAAGGUCUCAUGGCAGUAGUAGUAGUAGUGACAGUGGAAGUUCAAGCGAUAGCAAUUGUAAAAAUAGCAAGAAUAGUAUCAGUGAUGAUUCUAGCAGUAGUAGUAGUGAUAGUUCCAGUACAGAAAGUAAUAGAAAAAAAUGGAAGCACAAAAGGAAAUCACAAGGAAAGACAGGCCUAAAUUCUCAUGCAAAUCAUAAUUUUAAUCGACAUAAAGAUAAAGAACGAAAAACAAAGCACAAAUUGGAGGAUAAAUACAAAUCAAGUAAUAAAAUAAAGGAUGAAAAAAGGAACAGAGAAAAGACCAUUGAUUGCGAAAGUCGUAAAAGAAAAAAUAAUGAAUUACAUAGUGACAAGAAACGUAAAAAACACUGAAAGAAAGUAAAGCAUUAUGCUGAAGAUUGAAAAAAAAAAAAAAGGAAAAUAAUGCAAAUAUAAUUUAUAGGAAAUAAUUACAUGAUUAAAUUUAUAUUUUUACAUUAAAUAAUUUUUUAUUGUAUAAGAAUAAUAAUUCACUUUUUUCUUU